AGCAAUUCUGCGCACCUGGUCAUAAAUCAUAUUAGUAGGGAUGCCCUUGGGGGCGCAGCUGCGCCCUUCCGCCUGUGGUCGGGUCACGCCCCCGCAGCGAUGGCCAUCGCGACCUUUCCGACUAUGCGGACGACGCCAUCUUUUGCUGGUCCGGGCAUCGGCAGAGGGAUCACCGGCCGAGGAAGGACCGCGUGAGAUCUCCCUUGAACGGCGGGUUCCUGGCGCGGGCUACACCUUCAUGCUGGCGGGGGCCCUAAAGAUCCUGACCAUGGGCUGGGUGGCCACGGGAGCGCCGAGAGAGUGUGUCAGGACCGCGGCGGGUCAGUACGGUCAGCUGCUGCUGAUACCGGUCGGAUUACUGCUGUGCCUGAUCGCCAAAAAAGUCGUGGACGCGGGCCUGCAUGAGAGUGGCCGCUUCAUGUCGUUCGUACUGGGCAUCACGGCGUUCCUGUAUUUUGGGCUGUACAGCGUGUUGUACAGGUACGAGCCGCGUACCUGGCACGCGCAGCAACGAAUCCAGGCCGCCGCCGUACACGACCGAAGUCCGUACACGGAGGCCGCCACCGGCGGCGGCCAUCGCAACAAUAAGUUUAUCAUCCAACGUCAGCUCGAAGGCGAGUACGAUACCCGUACAUCCGCGUACUACAGCCGCGCGCCGGAGAUGCAGAUGGAUGCUGUGGAGGCGCAGAUGUCUGGGCUGCCGGCGGGCAUGGUCGGCGGCGGCGGUGGCGCGGCGGCGGCUGUGCCGCCAGGCUUGGGGCCGACUGUCGCCGAGCGCCAAUCUGGUAUGAGCAGCCUGCAAUGGAGGUCGCAGCAGCAGCAGUUGCGGCGGCAGCGCGGGGCGGCGGCGGCGGUGCCGAGCAUGUACGAAAGCUCGUCCAGGAUUCCAGGGCUAGAGGAUUCGGAGUUCUAAGUUUUGCCGGAGUGCGCCGCAGACCGGAGACCGCAUAUACCUAGAGAUGUUGAAUUGUUACAGAGUGGGAGGCUUCUGGGCCAUUUGAACACGUCGUCAUUUCUACAAUUUAUCAUACCAUACAGCACCAUCCACCUAGAGAUGUGACAUGUGACUGAAGGACGAGGAGCAACGAGGAGAAUUGGGUUCAAGUUGCAUGGGAGAGGGUUGAUGCCUUGUGCGGUGGUAUAGAGAGGGAGGAUCUGGCAGCGGCGUUUUCGCUCCCCAACGUACGGCGCACUCUGGGUGGUUAGGGUCCAACGGUACCAGUCAGUCGGUAACAUCAUCCAUGCUUGGCAAUGUGGGCAAUUUGGGCAUAGCAUGAUGUCGUGCUUUUGCCCUUUUGAAUAAGGAUAGUUCGUCCUUCUUUUAGUCGGCAGUCAUGGCCUUUGGAAGGCGUCCAUCAACCUCUAUGCAGUUGCUGUUUCAGGGGCGGCAGGCUUGCCCUGUACCCGCAUGCUGCUAUCCGAAUAAACGCCUAAGAAGCC